AGCAGGUUUUCAAUGACUAUAGUGACCCCCUCUGCACGAGAUUGCCAUCACUUCUUGAAUAUGUCCUGACUCGUUCCUCAUGAUCCUCCUCAAUACUAUUUCGCCUUCCCUGAAUACAAAUCUUUCAUGGGCACAAAUUAACUACUAUCGCUUUUCAUGUUUUGCGGAUAUCAAUCAUAUCGUAAAAAAAUUUUCGUACAGACGUGAUUAAAUUUGAGUACUUAGAUGAGUUAGUUGCGUACAAGGAUCUUCGGAGCAAUGUUGUUGCCUUCAACAUCAUUGUUCUCUCGUUCGGGCGAAGGCAUGAAAAAGAACGCACCUACCGCAAACAAGGUCAUUGUAGCUUCAGUUUUGUUUUGCUCUAGUGGCGGUGGGCUGUUUGGUCUUGAAGGGGUUUCCGCAACCUUGUUGCUAUGUCCGAACGCCUACGCAGGCCAAUGCGAAGCUUGGCACAAGGCCUAUCUGGACCAGGGUGCCUGCACAAAUGGGGCUGGAGCGAUUGACAAAGGCACUCUAAAGUAUGAUGCCGCCAUGGAGCUGAAGAUCAAGCUUGGACUAGCCACUCUGUCCCUGGAUCCAGGCCCUUUCCCGUUGCUGCAGUGGAAGAAUUAAGGCUUUAUUUUAAGGUAAUUCAUCUUGACGAUCUUGAGCGGCAUCUUACUUUGGCCCUGUUUUGAAGGGGGAAAAAAUUAUGUGUCAAGCAUCUUUGGACGACCUGUUUUGAAGGGGGAGUAAGGGCGUCUUCAAAGUUUUUGAAUCAAAGGUGGCACCCUCCAAGAAGUAUUACAAUGUAAGGUAUCUUCAAGCGCUAAAAGACGCAGAUCGAG